UGUUAGAAGUGUGAUAUUUCCUGAACCUAGUCAGAUGCUAGGGAAAAAGUCACCACAAAGUAUGAAAUAUUAUCAAUGAUUUAAACUCACAUUUGCUGAUGCAUAUAGGAAAGCUAUUGAAUUUGAGAAGAAGACACACGCUAGUAACCUUGAGCACAGGCGGGCAAUGGAUAACAAUUUAAUCAUUAUGUCCCGUGAGGUUGAAAAGUUACGUGCUGAGCUGGCUAAUGCAGAGAAGAGAGCAAGGGCUGCGGUUGCUGCAGCUGCAAACCCAAGUCCUGGAUAUCCUGCAAACUAUGACAAUCCUGAGAUGGGAUAUGCAGGAAAGGCAUACCCUCCUGACUCUUAUGGCAUGCAUCAGAUCCAAGCUGGGGUUGAUGCUCAUCCUCAAUAUGCAUCUGGAGCAACAUUACAUCAUCCUUAUGACAUGCAACAUGCACAAAUGCCUAGAUAGGCUUCCAGUGAUGUCUU